AGAUGAGGACUCAGCAAAAUAAAACCCAGAGAGAGAGAGAGGAGCUGGGGCUGUUCUGCCGCAGCUGCUAGGCAGGCUCCUCUGUAGAGAUGGACAGCCGUUCUAGCUGCCCCCAGCAACCAGCUUUGAUCUCAGAAUGGGACAGGGAGCAGGAAGGCCCUGAUGGACAGAUGGACAGGCAGACGGGAAGGGUUGGACGAGGGGGUGGGGGAGGGUACCCUGGGCACAGCAUCUGUUUGGGAUCUCUCUUCAUUCUCCUUCCCUUCCUCCCCCCUCCCCAAGCAUAUAAACACGCACACAUGCCUCUUCAGAAGUGUUUCUUUCUUUCUUUCUUUCUUUCUUUCUUUCUUUCUUUCUUUCUUUCUUUCUGAUAUGUCCUCGAUGUGAGGACUUUAUAUUAAAUGGAUUUUUGGAACUGGGAGAUGGACUCGGAGCUUGCUCCAUCCACUCCACGCAUCUUUCUUUCUUUCUUUCUUUCAAGGAUGACGCAAAUUCGUGAAGCGUUCCAUUUCUUUCUUUCUUGAUGACACGCAAAUUCUUUCUUUCUUUCUUUCUUUCUUUCUUUCUUUCUUUCUUUCUUUCUUUCUUUCUUUCUUUCUUCAGCCUCCUUCCUCCAUUUCAGCUGGGGUUUUCUUGGGGAGGGGGGGCAGGAGCACGCAGGUUAUGCAUAUCUGUGUGUAUCUGUACGUGUGCGUGCAUGCAUGUGUGUGUGCAGUGCCAAGUGAGGAAACAGACCCAUAUGUUCUUGCCGGGUGCUACAGCAAAGGACUUUGGCAAAAACGCAGGAGCAAGAGAAUGAGAGAGAUUGGGGGAGAGAGAGAAAGGAAGAGGGUGAUGCAUGUUUAAGCUCCUUACCCUUUCCCAGUGUUUUACUGAACUCUAGUAGGGCUGGUGUGUGUGUGUGUGUGUGGAGGGAUGGGGUGGGAGGAGGGAGGAAGGGAGAGCAUACUGCAGGAGCUGGGACACCCAGCUGCAUGGAGACGGGGAACUGUUAAGCUGCUGCAUGCAUUAAAGACUGCUCAGUGUGCAGGAGAAAGCUCCUUUGUGGUACAUGAGUGUAAAUAGUAUUCUCUCCUCCCCUUUCCUUUCUGCCAUCCUCCCUCUUUUCUACCUACUCCCUUUCCCUUCUCCUCACUCUCUCCUCUGUCCCCCUUCUCUGGUUUCUCCCUCUGUUGGCUCCUUCUGUCUCCCAUUUUCCAUCCCUUCUCCCAAAUCCCCUUCCCUUUUUCCAUCCCCAUCGCUUUCCACCCCUCCCCCCACCUCCGUCUGUCACAGAAAAUUUCACUUUGCCAGGAUACAGUUUUGUGAAUUCACGGCAGCCACCACGGAGAAAACACAAGAACCCCCCUUGGGCCCUCCAUGUCCCUUUGAGGGGGCGUUCUGGACCCAGAGACCCACGAACAUCCCCCACCAGGGGUGUUUCACUUGCAUUUCCAAGCCCCCUGCCAUACAGCCAGCUUUGCCUGUCCUGUCUCCUUCUUCUGCUGUUUACCUUAUGGAGAACAAGAGCUGCAAAGGGGACAGCCUGCGGCCAGCGGUCCAGUGCAAGCACUCGGUGGAGAAGAAGACGAUGACGAACCCCACCACAGUGAUUGAGAUUUACCCAGACACCACCGAAGUGAACGAUUACUAUCUCUGGUCCAUCUUCAACUUCGUAUACCUCAACUUCUGCUGUCUUGGCUUCAUCGCCUUGGCCUAUUCUCUGAAAGUCCGGGAUAAGAAACUUCUCAAUGACCUGAACGGAGCUGUUGAAGAUGCCAAGACAGCCCGGCUUUUCAAUAUCACCAGCUCAGCACUCGCCACCUUCUGCAUCAUCCUUGUCUUCAUCUUCCUGCGAUACCCGCUCACUGACUAUUAGAGCGAGGCCAGCAGCAGUUGCAGCCAAAAUGCCUCGGUGCCAGAAGUGUCUGCCGUUAUUUCCUGUAGCAAGGACACAAACAAUGACCCAUCUUGAUUGCAAAAAAUACAAAUAAACCAAUAAAUAACUAAACCCAAGGGAGCAUACCUUCCCUGACCCCAGCUGGUAUGUGAACUUCUGUAGAAAAGGGUUUUACUUUUACAUUUUUACAGGAAAAUAUUUAUUUUUCGUGAUGAAGAAAAACGUGCAACGAUGAUGAUGGGCAAAGCAGAAAACUUUGAUGCAUCUUGAGCCAACAGACCUAGCUAGGGACAACAACCACAGCAGCGGAGGAGAAGACACCAUCUAGAGAACAUGGUGCCCUCCAUAACCCAAUGCUUCAAGUGAAGUGAUAUGACCAGCUCAAAUGGUGGGCUGCUCAGGGGAUGGAAACCAGUAGAUGGCCUUAUUGGGAGAGGGGACCUCCAGAUCUCCCAGGCAUCUCUCUGGAAGCAUGUGCACUGAUUAAAAGCUGGGGAGAGGGAGGAAAGAGUCCAGCAGCUGAGAGAAAAACCUGACAACCAAGACAGGGCUGAUUCAGAAGCUAUCAGAUGGUUCAGGCCACUAUUAAGCCCUCUUUCUUUCACUCUCUCUCCCUCCCUAUGUAUGUUUUGCUCUUUCCCCUUCUUUAAUAUAGGAAUUUGUUCAAUUUAAUUUGAAGGCCAUAAUAAUAUCAACCCCACCACCACCUCCAGAGAGUGGAAUUCUAGAGAAUUCAUACUAGAAAAACCCCUCAAGUCUCCAGAUAAAGCCCCAAAGAAUUAAAAGGAAAAACCCUCCUUGAAAUCCUUCUGAGAAUGCUGAGAAUGUGGACGGAUUCUGGAGGAUUUGCAUAGAUCCUGUAUACUGAGUGCUACUGUAUUUCUGUAAACGUUCAAUAAAGAUACCUCUGACAUCCGA